UGACGUAGGCGGAGAGCAGCGCCGGCACAGCUCGACUCUCUCUGCGAGAAAAAAACAACUUUCGCCGGGUUUAAACCUCCUCAUCCGCCCUUCAAUGCUCCUGAUUGUGUCGGGGGGUCGUUUAAGAGUGUGAGGCGGCAUAAUCCCGCUAUUAGCGAUCUCAUUCAGGGGUUGACUUUUAGGUUUCUUUUCAACUUUUGUGGAAUCGAGCAGCUGCUAGAAUACACCCGAGCAGUGACAGACCGCGGGAAAAUGUCGUUACUUCCUGUGGACUAAAAAGUCUUGGCGCGACAUUACGGUUGUCAACAACGGGAGGACACACAAACAAGUAUUCUUAAAGAAACUGAGCCACGGAGACAUUUGGCACAAUGGAGAACGUCAACAAUUACGAUGUUUCUGGUCUGUCGGUGCCUGUUGCGAAUGUUAAUGAAGAUUCUGUGGAUAUCUACGAUGACCUGGAUGUUGGUUUUCACAGCAAUGCAGAUAAUUCAACUCCAAAUGCAUCUCAACUGAAGGAUUCUAUGGAUCUAUAUGAAGAACUUGUCACAGAAGAGCAGCAGAGUAAAGAGACAUCGCACACAGAUCUGAAGUCCAGAUUCCAAGCAGCUCAAACCCAAAUCAAAGAGCUACGCAGGAGACUGGAGCAGGUGGAAAUGCAGAACACGGGGUUGAACACUGAGAACUUCCGUCUCAAAAAGAACAUUUGUGCACUUUUACAAACAGCGAGACAGGAGGUGACGCGUAAAGACACAGAGAUUCAGAGGUUGAAUCAACGGUCAGAGAAAGGUCAUCAUCACUAUCUGUCUCACAGCAGUAGGCCCCCUCCUCCUCGCCCACUGUCCACUCCUCUGCCUCCAUCCGGUCCUCCACCACCUCCUCCACGUCUGCCGACUUCACCUCCCAGAGAGAACCAGCCUGCAAGGAUUCCUCCUCACUCUGCAGGGACAGAAAGUUCAGCCAAUCAGCCCAUUGGCUCCUGCAUUGAGACACAAGCAUCGAAAGCAUCUUCCCGCAGUCAUUCUAAAAGUUCUUCAAGAGGAGGUGACAUACACGACAAACAUCCUGGGCACUCUGUCAGCAAGUCCUGCAUCAGUUCAUCAGGCCAGCACAGUGAUUCAGACAAACGCAAGUCUAAACCGAGAGAGGAAAAAUAUCAAAGUCAUAAACUAUCUGAAUCAACAGACAGACGACCUAAAAGUGAUUCACAUCCCAACAAGGACUGUCAUGCCUCGGAGAAAAACAGGUCUCAUAAAGCAGACAAAGAGACAGGACGGAAGCACGACUCCAGGUCAUGUAAAAACAGGAGCAUCUUAAAUGUUGAGGGACACCACAGAUCCGACCGGAGUAAAAGCCCCCAAGCAGAGAUUAUACGCCAUGCAUCCCCCUAUGAUGACACCAAAGGGAGAUGUCAGGAAAGGAGACAAGACAAAACCAAAGUGGCCCUGUCGGACUGUGAACAAAAUGCAGCUCGCAGUUCAAAAGAGUUCUACAGCCGAGAUCAUAGAAAAAUAAAGAGUGAUGAUGGACGUAACCGUUCAAAUUCCAAGGAGCGAACAAAAUCCUCUUUGAAUCAACACACCGAGCGCCACACUGAUUCCCCCAAGGAGAGGGAGGGAGAGCGACCCCUGAAGGAUCAUCGAAAGAAGGAAGAAAGACGACAUGAAGACGAUGCGAGCAGAAAGCAUAAAAAGAACAAGCUUUCAGAGAUGAGCAGAAAGAAACAGAGAUUAAACCAAUCAGACAAAGGUAAAGAUGUCACUAAGGAAAGUCAGGAAAAUACACACAAUGCCUCAGAAAGACCAUCUAAAGAACCAUGUAUCCCAGAUAACAGCUCUGUGGAGGAAAAUAGUCCAAACAGGAAAUUGUGUUUCAUGGAAACAUUGAAUCUAACCCUUUCACCGAUUAAGAAGCCAGUGUUGCCAAUCGAUGCCGGCCAGGACGUCCCCACAACGAAGGACAAGGUGGCUGAAAACAAAGCAAAUGAUGAGAAUUUACAAUUUAAUGUUGAAGACAUGUGUGUCAUAGACGAAGCAGAGUGCAGUGAAUUAAUCUCUGGACCGGAAGAUGUGGCCGAGCAGUCAUCAGAUAUCCCCAAAGAAUCAAGCUCUGAAAAGACGCACAAGAGGUGUGAUGAUGCAGAAGAUGUCCUGGAAAAGAACAAGUGUCUCAGUGAAGCUGCAGCUGGCAAACUGCUUGAAGAAAUUACAGUCCAAACUACCUCAGCAUUCAGCCAACCGCUAAAUACUGCAGAGAGUCAGCAGAGUGUGCAUCGUACACCAAAAUCACUAGAGAGUAGUUCUCUGAAGACAGCAGAGAGCAACAUGUCAAACAGUCUGACCUCAGACAGACGGGUGGAUAAAUCUAAACCAGUGGAGGUGACAGACAAUAUCAGUGACCCAAGAGGAAGUGUCUCCAAACAACACGCAAGCAAUUCCCCACUAAAAGUAAACCCUGGAAAGACGACUGAGGAAACUGUGUCGGAGCCUGAUGUUCUUGAGUCAAGGACAGUAGAGAAAAUCGUCCCUGUGGAUUCAGUUGAAGAAGCUCCUAUGGCUUCACCCUCAAAGGAACCCAUUGUAGCUGAAGAUGUUCCUGACAGUCCCAGGCGUCAAAAGAUUCCUGCCACUGCUUUGACACUGGUCUGUCAGCAAGGACUCCAUCCUUCUGCUUCAGUCACGUCCAUUCACAAGAAAGAUCCCAUUCAUAUGGAAAAUGGUCCUAAAGACACAGAUGCUGUAUCCAGUACAAUAAGCCUGGACUCAGUUCCACAGGAAGGGCUGAGUUUACCCGAGGCUAUUUUAGUUCUCACCCAGACAAACGAAGAGGCUGACAACAGCAAUGCCAUCGUCCCUGAGCCGAGCUCCUCCACCGGCUGUAUCGCAGUGUACAAAGUCAGCAGCACGACAGAGGAGACGGUCCAGCCAGGAAACUCCAGUGGCCUCGCUUCCACACCAAGAAAGAGCUUCGGCCCUGGAAAGAGUCGAGAGAAUAAUCUCAAGCCUUCCAGUUCAGUGCCACUGCUUCAUGACGAGGACUCCAUGAUGCGCACACUCAGCAAUCUGAAGAGAAUCCCUGAUGCCAUAAGCCCUCUGAGGAGCCCGAUCCGGAUAACCAAGAGGAGUCACAUCAAUGUUCAUGGCAAGCCUGGUCAUGUCAAGAGCCUCCAAAAAGAUUUCUCCAUUACACCCGUUGAUGUCAACUCAAAGAAGCUGGAUGUAAACAAAGAGAACAAAUAUCCUGGUUCUCCUGCAGAGCAGGACAUCCACAAUGUGGUGGACAAGGUGUCUGAGAUGCCUUCAAGUCUCUCUGACACUGAACUGGAGGAGGGGGAGAUUUUAAGUGAGAGCGAUGAGGCGGCUGCUGGUUCCCCAGUUCCUGCAAACAAGAAGGCGAAGAUGGUACGACCUGUCAGGAAUAAACCAAGUCCCAAGUCUGUGCUGAAGAGGAUAACUGAGGAAAUGUGUGUUGGCUCAAAAGAAACCGGUGAAGAAGCAGGUACUUCAACACGAAGUCCAAAGAGUCGUUUUAAAACGGUUUGCCCUGCAGCAUCCAAAGCUUCCUUUUCCAACAUGGAGGAAAUAAUGGAGACAUUCAGGUUGGUUCGCAGUGAGAUCCGAAAAAAGUACAUGAAGCUUCAUAAAACCUUUCCCAGGAAGAGCUUCAAUGGCAUAAUGGACAAUUAUCAGGAAUCUUUUUUAGAGUUUGUGGAUGGUGCUCAUUUUGGUGAGAUAUGCAGUCAGGCAGUCGAGCUGAAAUCCAAGCUGAAGAAUCUGAUUGUGCCCGUGUUUAGCAAACUGGCAAAUAAUGGCAUCGUGAAACGGAUCUUUGAACAGCAAGCAGUCGACCUGAAGCAGAAGCUGUGGGACUUUGUUGAUGCCCAAGUUGACUGCUUGUUCAUGGACAUUCAUGCGACGCUGCGCUGUCUUUGCAAACCAGCAAGAACUGCGGCUGAGAAGAAGAAGCCCGCUGGGAAGGAGGUAGUAUCCACACAGCCGUCUUUAAAGAAGCCUCUCUUUCAACAGAAGGAAGCACAGUCCCCUCCAACCAGCAUGAUCCAGAUCAAGCCUUGUACUGUAGUGCCUUACAAAACAGGGCUUGGAAGCAGAGGCAAAGACAUAAGAAUCACGCACGAGGAAAAGGACUGCAGUAUUGUCCCACAUCUGACAAAUACACAAUCUGUAACUGACUUCCCUCCUCGUAAAACUAUUCCUCCAACUCCAGAGAAAAAUAGCAUGGCAUCUUUGGUUGUUUCUCAAAGUGGCUCUCUGCUCGACAAAACCGACUUUGAACUGCUCACGGAACAGCAGGCCUCCAGUUUAACGUUCAACCUGGUGAGAGACUCUCAAAUGGGAGAAAUCUUCAAAUGUCUUCUCCAAGGAUCUGACUUACUCGAAAACAGCAACAUCACAGGAGACAGCACAGCAUGGUCCCUCUGUACCCCUAGGAAGGACGGAGAGAGGUUCAUCAGCAUCACCACUCCCAAUAAAUUUGACUCUCCGUCUAGACUGCUUACCCCAUCCAAAUAUAACACCCCCUCCAAACUCAUCGCUACCUGGUCCAGCAUUUCACCUCGCAGGAUGUCUUCUCCCCGGUUGAAAGAGCAGAUCCCCCUGAAUCCAGCUUUAUUUGACGAGAGCUGCUUGUUAGAGCUGCCAACGGAGAGUAGAACAACGCUGCAGUCCAGCUUGUCUUCUCAAAGGUCCUAUUCCAUACUAACUGAGGAUCUGGCUGUCUCGCUCACCAUUCCGUCACCCCUCAAGUCUGACAGCACUCUCAGCUUCCUACAGCCAUCAAGCAUGCGCACCAUGUCCACUCCAGAAAGCGUCAUCAGCGCGCACAUAAGCGAGGACGCUCUGCUGGACGGCGAGGACGCCACAGAGCAGGACAUUCACCUCGCCCUCGACACCGACAACUCCAGCUGUUGCUCCGGCAGCAGUGUGGCCUCAUCAGCACACGCCUCAUCUUUCUUGUUCAAGCCUGACAUGCCCAUGCAAGCGUUAGUGAUGGAGAGGUCCAAUGAUCACUUCAUCCUGAAGAUCCGCCAGGCAGCCGCGAUGCGGGCUGACGUCACGCUCACUGCCGAUGAAAGCUUAAGUCAGACACUGACAGAAGAAGAUCACCAGCAUAGAGAAGGCGACAUGGCAGGUGAAGGAAGUCAAACAACGUUUUUUUGGGACAAGUUGCAGAAGGGAAGUCCUGCGUCACAUGUGGUGCUAUCUGAGAACAGUCUGUCUAACUUUGUUGAAAGCUCUGGGAUCUGCCAGGCUGCCACAGCCUCAGAGAGCUGUGUCACUCGAGAUGAGAGCCAGACACAAAGAAAAGAUCCCUCCCACAAAAAGGAAGAGGCGUCAACUUACCAGAGUAACGCACGUUUUAGUUUUUCUGAGGAGUCACAUCCACUGCCAGAGAAAAAUGAACACAUGACUCUUCCUUCAGACAACAGUUUACACAGUGGGGCUCAAAGCUCUGUGCAGAUUGGCCAGGCAGCCCCUAGAAAAGGUGUCACUACAAAGAGUCAAACGCACUUAAGAGUAGAAGAAAGGCAAACUCAAAGAAGUCCGUCAAAAGCUCUUUCGAGUGACUCCGAAAAAAUUAUCAGUCCCUCUAAAAGUAAGAUGUCUGAUCAACCACAUCAACCUACUGGUAGUUUUCAAACGAGCACAGUGUCACCAUCACACGUUUCUGACUCAGAGAGAAAUGCGAUGGAGGCAUCAGAGUCUAACAGCACACCAGAGGAGGAUGGUGACAGAGGCAGAAAACGGAAGAAGAACCAAGAUCAAUUAAAAGCAAAGCGGCCCAGGAGGAAGGAGAUGGAGAUUACAGAGAAGAUGGUGCCUAAAGAUGAUAAUGAGUCCAUAUCCUCCCCACUGAGUUUGUCCCCCAACAGCCUCUCAGCAAAGAAUGUUGUGAGGAAGAAAGGCGAGGUGGUGAUAGCAUGGACGAGAGAUGAAGAUCGAGCGAUUCUGAUUGAGCUGAAGACAAAAGGGGCUUCUCGUGAAACUUUCUCUUCUCUGUCAGAAAGACUCAGCAAGCCAUCAGGACAGAUCGCCCACAGGUUUAAUCAGCUCAUGAAGCUUUUUAAGAGGCAUGAGAAGAUGGACCCCUGACGCCUCACACUGCUGUGCUCAUACAAUCCAUACACAUCCUGUAGCACCAGCGCAUGUAUGUAGGCUGCUGUUCACAGGACACAGUGCAGGAGGAUGUGAACGCAGGUCUAGCGGAGUCAUUACAUGGUCUGCGGUCACAUGGAGAACCACAUUGUCUACAAUGACCGUGAGGAUUUGAUGGCAAUCAUACUCCAACCAUCGGUUCAACAGAAAAUUGGAAAUUCAUCCGUGAAAGGUUUAAAUCCAGUCACUGUGUGUGGACCUGUUUUGCUCUGGAUACUGAAUUGUACCUUUUGAAGAAGGUCAAUGUUUGAUAGUUUGAUCAAACAUCUUGUCAGCUCAACUGACAAGAUGGAUUCAUAUGAAGGACAAAAUUAUCAACAUCAGUGUUGUUCUUGAUGUUCUUUUGUUUUUUAUUAUUGCACACUACAAUAACUUCAUCAGUAUUGGUUUCUGGAUAUUUGCUGGUCCUCAGACUGAUGUGACUCUGUCCUCAGCACAGCAUCUGUUCAUCUUUUCUACCUCGGUCUUUGCAGAUGUUAUAUUUUGCUAAACUCCUCAAGCCAGUUUUACGUCUAGUUCCAAACUUACAUGUUUCUCAAAACAGCAAGAAAUGUCUUUUCAUAAUUGAUGACUCACUUGACCUAUGGGACUGAAUUCUGUGUGUGAUAUUUUGGAUGUGUUUUUUUAUUUUAUUUGAAGUAUUUGAGGGGAGGGGGUGGGCCGUGUGUGGUGGUGCUGCUUAACAUCUUAUUAAAGUGAUUAUAGCUCAAUGAUGUAAGUUUAUCUCUGUUAAUACAAAGUACAACUUGUAUCUGUGUGACUGCUUGCUAUAUCGAUUGACUGAUCCCAUUUCCUAUGAACAGCAUGGAAUGCAAUAUUGUGAAUAUUGUACAUAAUUCUUUACUGAAAUUAAAGUUGUAUUUAUUUAUGCUGUUCUUGUUUUAUUUAUUGUUUUUUUUAAAGGGAGGAAAUAAAAGAUGUAAAAGUUUCACUAGAAGCA